AUGUCAUCCAAUACCCAGGAAGACAACCUCCCAACACCGUCCUUUGAGGGCCGUCUCAAGCUCGACACCUACAUGUUCAACGGCGGUGCAGCGGCCGGCGGUCGGCGGCGGAGCCCACGCUUCACCGCGGGAGCUUCCACCGAGGAAACCGCCACACUCCCGGUACCAUCACCACCCCGGCCGGCCUCUCGCUCCCCAUCAUCCAAGCGCAAAGCCCCCACCGACAGCAACGACAACGACAACCCCCCCUCCAACAACGGCCCCAAAACCACCACCUCCAAAUCCCCCAGCAAAUCCCCCUCCAAACGCGCCCGCCCCAGCGCCUCCUACGCCCCGCCCUCCACCUACGCUCACCUCCCGCACCUGCCCGACGCCAUCGCGCCCAACCUGCUCGUGCUCUUCAUCGGGCUGAACCCGGGCAUCGAGACGGCGCGCACGGGCCACGCCUACGCGCACCCGUCCAACCACUUCUGGCGGCUGCUGCACAGCUCCGGGGUCACGCCGCGGCGGUGCGCGCCCGCCGAGGACCGCCGCAUGCCCGAGCUGUACUCGCUGGGGCUGACGAACAUCGUCUCGCGGCCGAGUCGGAAUGGGGCCGAGUUGAGUAAGGCGGAGAUGGAUGCCGGGGUUGCGGUGUUGGAGGCCAAGGUGAGGAGGUGGAGGCCUGAGGCAGUGUGCGUGGUGGGGAAGAGUAUCUGGGAGAGUUUGUGGCGGGUGAGGCAUGGGAGGGGGAUCAAGGCGCAUGAGUUUCGGUAUGGGUGGCAGGAGGCGGGGGAGAAUAUGGGGGUUGUGGUGCCCGAGGGGGUGGAGGAGGAGGAGGUUCAGGAGGGGGUGGUGUAUAGUCCGGAUUGGAAGGGGGCGAGGAUCUUUGUGGCGUCGAGUACGAGUGGGUUGGCGGCGACGCUGAAGCCGAAGGAGAAGGAGGAGAUAUGGAAGCAGUUGGGGGAUUGGGUUGUGGAGAGGAGGGUUGACAGGGCUGCUGCUGGUGGUGGUGUUGGUGGUGGUGUUACUGGUGGUGUUGUCGGUGGUGCUGCCAGUGGUACUCCUGAUGCGACUACCGAAACGGCUGAAGAUAAAUGA